UCAUAAAAGUGAAAAGCAUGUUGCCUUAAGCCUUUAACCACACUUUUCUUUCUGUCUUCUCAAUAUUCGUUUUUCACUUCUCACUCGGAGAGAUAAACAGAAGGUGGAGAGAGACACAGACACAUAGAGUGAAAGAGAGAGAGAGAGAGAGAGAGAGAGGACAUGGCUGGGCCUCUUUUCUCUGUCCGCUUAUAUGUGCUGGUGGAGCACCUCUGCCUGCUACACUAUAUCCAAGCAGGGGCAUUUUAUGGGCAUAGGCCACUGCCCCAACAGCACCAACCUUUAGGACAAUUACCUCUUUUGCCACAUGGCAAUGAAGGGAUACCCCAACACUAUUACCAUGGAAAGGAAAUGCCACAAAUGUCAUAUGGAAAUGAGAUGCCUUUGCUUCCACAUUAUGGAAAAGGACGUCCACAUAUACCCAUGCACAUGGGUAAACCCAAUGUUGGAAAAGGUGAAACAAUUCCAAGGGGAGAGAAGGGUCUCACUGGUGAGGCGGGACCAAUUGGACCUCCAGGGCCUAAAGGUCCACCAGGACUUCCUGGUCAUGGUAUUCCAGGACUUCCUGGAAAACCUGGUCCUCAAGGUCCACCAGGAUUCCCUGGGAUUGGAAAGCCAGGAAUGCCUGGAUUGCCAGGAAAACCUGGAGGCUUAGGUUUACCAGGACCAAAGGGUGAAUUGGGACCAGCUGGAGGUAAGGGGUCAAUAGGAUUGCCAGGACCCCCAGGUCUUCCGGGUCCCCAUGGCCUACCAGCUGUGGCAAAACCAGGUGGACAAGGACUUCCAGGACAAACUGGGCUUCGUGGAGAGCCUGGACCAAAAGGCCUUCCUGGGAUUCCAGGCCUCCCAGGCCCAAGAGGUGACAAUGGGAUUGGUCUCCCAGGACUACCAGGUAUAAAGGGACCCUCUGGGCCUCCAGGACUACCAGGACCAGAAGGACUACCGGGAGUUGGCAAGCCAGGACUGAAUGGAUUACCUGGGGCUCCUGGUAGGCCAGGUCAACCUGGUGCACCAGGAGAAUCAGGGCUGGCAGGAGUACCAGGGGAAAGAGGACAAACUGGGCCACCAGGACUACCAGGUUUGGCAAAACCUGGUUUAGAUGGGUUGCCAGGGAAACCAGGUCUACCAGGUGGAAAAGGUGAGCCAGGACCUGCUGGUUUACCGGGGGGUCCAGGUUUGCCUGGAUUUGGAAAGCCUGGUUAUCCUGGCCCUAAAGGUGACAAGGGGCAUUUCGGCUUGCCAGGGCCUCAAGGUCCAAAUGGUGAGAAAGGUCAUGGUGGUCUUCCUGGAAUAAAUGGAUCACCAGGUCCGAGUGGCCUCCCAGGUGCCCCAGGUCCAAUUGGACUCCCUGGAGGCAUUGGUUUCCCUGGUCCAAAAGGUGAGGGUGGUAUAGUAGGCCCUACAGGGCCACCUGGUUUAAAAGGUGAACAUGGGCCUCCAGGACUUCCAGGAAAACCAGGGUUUCCAGGAGAAGUGGGGCAACCAGGACCUAGAGGCAUACCUGGCUUCUUAGGACCGAAAGGUGAAAACGGACAUAAAGGCUUUCCUGGCCAAGCUGGACUGCCCGGAAAGCCUGGUGCAAAAGGAGAAGGUGGAUUUCCAGGAGAGAAAGGUUAUCCAGGACCCAUGGGAAUCCCAGGAAUAGUGGGUCCAGCAGGACCAAUGGGCCCACCUGGUCUCCCAGGGACAAAAGGUGAAAUUGGGCCACCAGGAAAACCUGGACCACCAGGUGAUGGAAAACCAGGAUUUCCCGGUCCAAUGGGGCCCUCAGGUAAACCUGGACCUAGUGGGCUCCCUGGUCAACCUGGAAUACCUGGUCCUCCUGGCCAACCUGGUCCACCUGGGCUUCCUGCUCCAGUUGUUGGGCAAGUCCUUCCUGCAACAGGUCCUGGGUUGGAUGUCAAAGGUUAUAAGAAAGAAAAGCCUGGAGGAGCCAUAAUCGGUUUGGAUGGCCAAGAGAUGCCUGCAUUUACUGCUCAGCUAACAACCCCAUUUCCUUUAGUUGGGCAACCUGUUGUCUUUAACCAGAUUCUAUAUAACGGCAACCAGAAUUAUAAUGCUCAAACAGGCAUCUUCACUUGCAAAAUACCUGGUAUUUACUACUUUGUUUAUCAUGUUCACUGCAAAGGAAACAAUGUAUGGGUGGCCUUGUACAAGAACAAUGAACCAGUAAUGUACACAUAUGAUGAAUACAAAAAAGGUUACUUGGAUCAGGCAUCAGGGAGUACAGUGCUUCCCUUACGAACUGGAGACACUGUACAUGUCCAGCUACCAUCAGACCAAGCUUCUGGACUUUAUGCUGGUCCAUACGUGCACUCAUCAUUCUCUGGUUAUUUGUUAUAUCCUAUUUAAAUAUGUAUUUAAUCUUUAAAACCUUAGUUGUGUAUGUGCCAUCAUUGUAGAGACAUUUCUUAUAUGUUAAAAAUGUAAAGUCUUAGAAAACGUGGACGUUUUAGGAGCUGGUCACAGAUAAAGCCGAAAUUCAUUUCUUUUAUUAAGAUAUAGAAGGAUUAAAAAUGGACAUGGUUUUAAUUAGGUGAUGAGAAGGUUUUUGAAGUUAUCCAGUGUGUUGUAGUACAUUGUGACAAUGGGAAUACAUAUUUAGGAAAAGUAUGCACAACUCCAUAAUCAAAAGAGAUUACCAGAUUUUACAGGAUUCAGUAUUCCAUUCAUAUUGUUAGCACUUUGAUAGAUCUCCUAUUACAUUAUUUAUUUGCAUAUUUCUUCUUGUUUGAUACUAUAUUGGAUAUCUAUAUCUGGGGUCAUAUUGACUAUAUCAAUGUAAAAUGAUGCAAUAUUCCCUGUAAAAAAAUUCCGUAGAAAUUUGCAGCUGGGUUGCCGGUAAUUUACCGUAGAUUUAAAUGUAUGUUAUUUACUGGCAACAUUUUGUUCAAAGUUAAAUGAACAUUAAACAUUUAUAAGUCUUUGUCUUUAGAGAAUAAAACUAGAAAAACAGCAUCAAGCAAAACAUUCUGAGAAACAAAAUCUGAAGCAAAAGACUGAAAAAGGUUGAUGAUGAUUUCUUGUUCCCAGAAUGCUUUGCAUGAGGCUGUUAUUGUACAAUUUUAUUCUGUAAAGAUAAAGACUUGUUAAUAUUUAACAUUUAUUUAACUUUGAACAAACUAUUGCCAGUAAAUAACAUAAAUUUAAAUCUACGGUAAUUUACCGGCAACCCAGCUGCAAUACCAUUGUAAUUUCUACAGAUUUUUUUACAGUGUUCAGAUUGUGAUAAUGGUGAAUGUUUUAUUACCUAGAUUGUUCGAUAUGCACUAUGUUUCUGCUGUCAUAAUAGUUUAUCGUUUUACCAUUUUAAUGUACUUUAUAAUAGCAUAUGGGCACAUAAGGGUUGUUAUUUGUUUGUUUAACAUAGCCUACAUUUUGUUUUACAUUUUGGACACAUUGCCAUACAGCAAAAUACAUAUCUAUUUUCGGAAAUGUUUUUUUUCAUCUCACACCACAGGAUUUAAGUAUACUAGGUUAAUGUUUAUAUAAAUUAACUCAAGGAUAUUGAAUGUUAAUGUGUACUGUAUCACCAUCUAAAGUUGAAAGAUCUAACUUGUUCAAUCACACAUUCUAAGUUACAAACUUUUUAGUUAAUAGAAACCUUUCUGUAAUUUAUUUAGUUUUACUACUGAAUGGCUUAAUUUGUAUAUGUGCAAAGUGAUGGCGGUGCACAAAAUAAUGAGUUUAUAUUUGUUUAUUUUUUGAAAAGGGUGCUGAGUUUUUCCACAAAUAUAUAAAGUUUUAAUCAAAUUGUGAGCAUUUGUAUUUGGGGAAAUUCAAACAAAUAAAGAAUCUGACCAUG